AUGAGUCGUUCAUCUUAUCAAUACUCAAUUCUCCCCUCGGACUACAAAAGCGUCAUACAAUGGGCACCUAAAUUCAUUGACUUUCGACUCAAAGCCUUGGAAGCAGAACCGUUCGGGUUCUCGUCGUCUAGCGAGAUCGAGUCCAAUAUUUCCCUCCAAGAAUGGGUGUCCAUCCUCACUCAACCAGCUUUCCGUGUGGCACUGUGCGUUACGACGAAUGUCUCUGAAGAACGAAGUCCUGAGAUAUGGUGCAAUGAGUGGGCGGGUGUGCUUCUCCUGUACGGACCAUUAUACGAUUUGAACAUUCAGGACAAAAUCUUAGAAACGAGGUGGUACCUGGGUGGAGGAUAUGUCUCUCCCGUACACAGAGGGAGCAAAGUUUUGAAGGAUAUAUUUCACCAUAUUGUUCAUCAGAUUCAAGAAGUCUACCUGGGCAACGAUUUGCACCGUCGAUAUGGAUUCAAAGGUCUAAAGCUUGUCACACGAAUCGAGGCCAUUGUUUACGCCUGGGAUGAUGCAAAAAUCAAGUAUUAUGCUCUAGGCGGUCUACAGAAAACACAAGUCAUGACUAUGGCUGAAUACGUUCGGACUGGUUGGAACAUCCCUAUUGCCGGCAAGGAAGAAAUUGAGGUUGCAGUGUUGGAACUAGUGGUGGAGAAAUCCAGUGCUAUUACGGCUCGCUUGUGA